GUGACCGUGUAACCGCGUGUACCUGUGUGUGUGUAGUGAAGCUGUUGCUGUGACUAUGUCGGAGGCUCUGUGGCGAUGGGACCCCCUCUCUGCGGUGUGACGCCGCCUUCCCUCCCGCACCACCUCCCGCAGAUGCUGAAGACGGUUCGCUUUCUGGUGCGCGGCUCCGCAGACGUGCGGCCGACCCGCACUCCGAGCCGCAGCGGGUGUGCGGCGGUCCCCUGGGCCCGGGGGGUGGGGAUGGGGUCUCGGCCGAGACCCAAACGCCUGUGUCCAGCCGCCGCCUCUGUGCAGAACCCCCUCCACACCCCCAGACUGACCCGAGUGGCCAUCGAAGGAAAUAUCGCUGUUGGUAAGUCCACGUUUGCUAAAAUGCUGGAGAUGUCUACCGCCGCGUGCGAGGUGGUCCAUGAGCCCAUCGCCAAGUGGCAGAACAUCAGGGCUUCCAACCACAGUGAGGACUCUUCGUCCUCCGCACUGAAAAGCACGGGCAACUUGCUUCAGAUGAUGUAUGAAGAUCCCCAACGAUGGUCCUACACAUUCCAGUCCUACUCUUGCAUGAGCCGGAUAGAGGCACAGCUAAAGCCAGUCUCCGCCAGGCUGCUGAACACUGAGAACUCGGUGCAGAUAUUCGAGAGAUCGGUGUACAGUGAUAGGUAUAUCUUUGCCUCUAACAUGUAUGAUCUGGGCUACUUGAAUGAAACCGAAUGGACUAUCUACCAGGAUUGGCACACUUAUCUGAUCAACCAGUUUGGCAACAGAAUAGCACUGGAAGGAAUUAUCUACCUUCAAGCAUCUCCGGAGAAAUGCCUGGAGCGCAUCCAGCAGAGAGCCAGGGUUGAGGAGAAGGAGAUUCAGGUUAACUACUUACAGCAGCUGCAUGACAAACAUGAAGACUGGCUGGUCAAACGCACCAUGGAAGUCCACUUUGACCAUCUGAAGAAUGUUCCCAUGUUGGUGCUGGAUAUGAACGAAGAUUUUGAAGAGGACAAGUUGAAACAGAACAAGCUCCUGGAGCAGGUGAAGAACUUCAUGCACAGUCUGCGUUUGGAUGGACGAAGCCUUUAGUUGAUUUAUGUUCAGCCUUAUAAUUUAUUCGUCCUCCAAAGAAGUGUAGUUGCAGAGUCUAACCUAGGAGCUGUGCUGAGAGCACGAGAAAGAGAGAAAGAGAGAGCUAAUGCAGAAUCACUGGAAUUCCCUGUGACCAGGUGGGCUGUGUCCAAUUCAGUUGCGAGUAAGUAGAGCUUAGUAUAGACACAGUGACUUAGGUGAGUCAGGCUGAUAGUUCUCAGAGUUUAUCUUUAAUCUGUUAUGUUGCUAUAACAUAUUCUGUGUGUGUGUGUGAGAGUUGUGUGGCAUCUUAUUUAACACAAAAGCGUUGAGUGUCUAACAGCCUUGAAGUCUGAGCUUGUGUUGGGUAACUUACCUUGUGUGCGGUCCUUGUUGCGUGUCUGGCUGGUGGGCACAAAAAGCGCUGUGACCGAGUGCCUCACCUUGUGUUCUGUAAGUGAAGUAAUUGCCUCUCUGUUAAUGUGAAGAGCGUUAUUUAUGACUAGGAGAUUAAAUGUAAUGUAUUCUUCACUGUCGCGAGUUGUUUGCGUUGUGUACCCACCACUCGCUCCAGUGGGACUGGGGCGCCAUUGUGACGCCAAAUGUUAUGAAGGGUACGAUGACAUAAUAAUAAUAAUAAUCCUUACAUUAGAUACAGUGCCUUUCACUUAGGGAGAACAUCCCAAAGAGCUUCAUAGGACACAACUGUAAAAUGCAGUGACUGAGUGUUUUACGGGUGAAACACGGUUGCACUUUUACAGUGAUGCCCCCGCAAACAUUUGUGAAGUUGGGGAGAGUUUGGUCUGGUGAGCAGCUUCAUGAGUGAGGUUCCUGGGCACUGUAGGACUGUUCAAGUAACCUCAGAAAAUGUUUGAAACUGAGUGAAAAAUAAGGACCUUUCAGUGUUUUUGUGGCCCUUGUUGUUGGGGCAUUGCUAGCUGUUUUUCUGUGUGCCCUUGACUGUCUUUGACUUGUAUAAUGUUGGGUUUGGUUUCAAAUGUAGGAAAUGUCUUCAGUGUCUCUCGCGCUCUCUCUCCAGCAGAAGUUGCGACUCAAGAGCAAGUUCAAAAGCUGCUGCCUCAUUGCCUCCCAGGUUGAAGCGCUCCGAGACGCUGCCCCAUAUGAAGGCCGCUAUAUAAAGGUGUUGUCAUAGGGAAAUGAGUGUGUGGCUGCCAGACCAGGAGAGAACAACUUCACAGUGUGUUUCUCCCUCAAUGCCACCAGAGGGUGCGAUCUCUCUCCUCCUUGUAAUAAUGUUUGACAAUGAUGGCGAUGGUAGAAACUAUGGCCAUUCUGAAUUAAAUUAUUCAUGUCUCUAAUUAUUCUGUGAUACAAUUAGCAAAUCUUCAGCUUUUUUAAAAAAAAAUUAAUGUAUUUUCCUGAACUUUCUAUGAUCAAUAUUUGGAAAAAGGAGCGAGGAGUUGCACGUGAAGGGGGGGAGUUUGUUGAUGAAUUGAGUCAAUUGAAGCAAUUGUACAAUUGAAAUCAUUGGGAAUAAAUGGUUGGAAAUGAGGUUUCUUUUAUAAAAUAAAAA